AUUCCACGAGGCCCUGAAGCCGAAGAUUGCGCUCUGAACGCCGGUGCCAGCCAACGACAGUCAGCCCCUUCAGGCCGCCAACACUUGCAAUCUAAAGUUAACCAAGUAGUGCUACUUGCGCUUAUACGGUCACUGCGGCUUUGAUCAGUUAGCAGGGCCUAACCUUGGCGCACGACCUGCUGCAGCCGACCGACUCGCCUUCGCCGCUGACUCGGGUCACAUCUCGUUCUUUUCAACAUGAAUGUUAAGGCGACUUGGACAUACCUUUAGACGGAAGCACCCUUGGCGACGGACCGGCCAAAAUGGAUGUGCACAACCACAACCGGCUGUGGCGACAGCGCAGCGCACCUGGUUUCUAUGAAACGUUCAAGGAACAAGCGGACUGGCUGGUUCACAUUCGAACACCCAGCAGGCUCUCUAUAAUGCUGGACUCCACUUUCAUACAAGACCGCUUCGAUGAGAUGGAGGAGCAUUCUCUUGGAGAGCACAACACGAAGCGGAGGGUGCGAGACGUCUAUGAGUGCAUCAAGCGCUUCACGGAGCUGCCGCUAACCAAAACGAAGUGGGCAGCGUUCCUGCUCACCAUGAGCCAGCUCUAUCUGAAUGUUGGCAGCAUCAUUUACGCAUGGGUGGAGCGAAGCCCCAACGCGCCCGAAAAAUAUGCUUGGGCGCACAAGGUGGUGGUGUGGACGGAGUUCGUGGUGAUCUGCUGCCUGUUGGCGCGCACUAGCUUCCUGGCCGCGCUGCUGGUGCAGGUGCUGUGGAAGGAGGCGCUGGCGGAGUGGCGCGAGGAGGGCAGCGGCUACCGCUACCGCCUGCAGGUGGCGUCUCAUCUCCGGCUAACGUUUCGCAGCAUGAGCUACUGGCGCUUCUCGCUGCUGUUCGUGCUGCCCAAGAUGAACCCGCUCAACAUGUUCGAGUACUGCCGGCAGCUGGGCCAGUAUGUGAAGAACCGCACGUUGCGUGUGGUGCUGCGCUUUGACCGCUGGCUCGGUGGCCAGAGCGCCGUCUCGCACUGCAUGGCGCAGGCGCUGGUGCUAACGGUGGCGGCCAUUAAGCUGGGUUUCCAGCUGGCUCUGAGCGGUUUGGCGGUGGUGGCAGUGUUCCUCAAACUGCUGCAGCUGACCUUCCUGGGCAACGCGCCCCUGAGCGACUGGAAGUUCGCACAGGCACUCGCGUUCGUCCAGUUCGUCAACAAUAUGGUGUCCAUUGACCAGUCGUACAGCAGCAAGAUGGUGGGCAAGUAUGAGUUCAUCUUCUGUGGCAAGGAUGCCGCCAGCUCCACGGAGGAGCGCCGGGCCAAGGCCUUCUUUGAGCAGCUGUCGCUGAUGCUGUUGCGUCAGCGGCACGGCACGCUGCUGCGGGCGCUGGUUGUGUACAGCAACAUGUGCAGCGAGGACGUCAACAUGAUCUUCCUGGAGGACGAAAUCGAUGAGCGUUGGAUGAACGCCGCCAAGACACGCAAGCAGGUGUCCAAGCGCCAGAAGGACACGCCCCAGAAGCAGAAUCCCGCCACACAGGAAGGAGGCGGCGGCGGUGCAGAUGACAUCGGUCCAGACGCCCCGCAAGGAGGAGCAGGGGUUGCCGGCGGAUGUUACGUGCAAGGGUACUACAGAUACCCCUCGCAUGCGGGCGGCAAGGGCGAGCGCCUGUAUGCCGGCUGGGGUGACCAGCAGAUACCGGGCGCAGACGGCGGCGGCGGUGGAGGGCUGCAGUGGCAGGCGCAGCCGGACGGGCGGCCGUGUGUGCACGUGCAUGUGGCCGCAGAGGCAGAAGCGGCACAGGGCAGACCGCAGCAGCGGCCGCAGAGGCAAGAGCAGCAGCAGCAGGAGCGAGACCAACCUACCACUCCAACCAAGCCGCCGCUCCGGCAGAGCAGCAGUGGGCUCCGGUUGUUUGGUGGGCUGCGGCAGAGCAAGACAGGGCUUGGGGCAACAGCCAAGCCGCCGCCGCAGCAAGCUGGCACCAGCAACCCCACGUCGCUGCCACCGCAGCAGGGAGCACCGGCACCGCAGAACAGCCCAGUACGGCCGGCGCACCAACACACGCACCAGCACCAACACACGCAGCAGUACGGCGCCACGGCCUAUCACAACCCCUGCCCCACGUAUUCAGGCCUGUAUCAGGACCCGCAUGCAGCAGGCAUGCCGCCCCGGCCGCAGGACAUGUCCGGGCGAGCCGGCAGUGGUAGUGGCAGCAGCGCAGCUGGCAGUGGCAGCGGCAGGUGCUACGCUGGGACAGGCUGUGGCGCCGGAGCGGGACUGCAGCAACCGCCGCCGGCAGUGCCUGCAGCGGACAGUGGCGGUUACAACCCACUGUACAACGGAGAUCCUUACGGGGCGCACAUGGGCGCACACGCGACGGCUGUAGCAGCCAACUGGACGGCGGGACACGGGGCCGGCGCCGGCGGAGUGGGUGCUGGGGCGGGCGCGGCAGCAUCAAGGCCGGGUUAUGGGGUCCUGCGGGUGCCGCACCGAUCUGAGACGCUGCGGGCUCGGUACGGUGCAGCCCUGACAGGGAUGUACGACACCUCUGGUUUAGAGUAGCAAGUUAGUGCGCGAGCUAGUGGUGCAGACGCGCGCGCCUGUACUCGUGUAGUCCUUUUCCCAUCUUACUGUGCCAUAGUAGGUUCGUUUUCACGCACUGAAUGGUCAGGCACGAUGCCUGUAAGUGACAUAAAUUGAUACAGCGACAAUGACAAUUGGCUUGAUUGCACGUCGGAAUUUCUUAUUCAGAGCUCGACGCUGCGCGCUGGCAGCCGCCUGUGCCAUGUGCAAUGGCUGCCGGUGCAGGCAUGGGAUUUUGUACGAAAGCACUGGCGGGCUCUUGUACAGAGGACUGUUACUGUAAGGCAGCAUGAUACUUGAGGCAGCAAUUGUUGCAUAAUCAUUUGUUUGGGUGCUUACCAGCUUUCGUAGGAUUCGGGUUAGGGUUUAAACACAAGCGCACGGAAUAGGCCUUGGAGUCUACGUGAGCCCCGGCACGGAUCCCUGCAUUGGGUGCGACUUGGACGUGAAGAAGAGCGAGGAAGGUGUCCGGCACAGUACGAUAGUGCCGUUGGCAUUAGUAACUUUCCGCCGGCUCCAUCGGCUGUAGCGAUGGGGUCAGCGGCGGUGUACGUGCCCUGAGCGGGGGUGGCAGGCAUGGGCACGAGGAGGAGAGCGUGACGCCGCCCCAGAAGCGGGGCUGGUGCGCAGGCUGAGAUCGGCUGGUGUCUGGUGAGAGGUCAGCGGGCGAGGUCAGACGCAAUGGCAGACUAUAUAAGGCACGCCUGAUAGGAUGUGCUUGGAGCUUUGACUGGUUGUGUUCGGCCGCUGGACCUGUGGACUGUGAGGUGGAGCGUCCCUGCCGUAAAACUGAAGAAAAUGAAGAAAGA